UUGUUUAAUAAUGUAACAGUCGUAUCAUCUUGUUGAUGAAGCCAUUUGUUCCAUCUGCAGGUGUAGACUUUGGCUAUGAGAGUCAGAAGCUGCUGUUCAAAAAUGUGGACUUUGGCAUUGACAUGGACUCGAGGAUUUGCAUAGUUGGACCCAAUGGUGUCGGGAAGAGUACCCUGCUGCUGCUGCUUACUGGCAAAAUAAAUCCUACUAAAGGUGAGAUGAGGAAGAAUCAUCGCCUGAAAGUGGGCUUCUUUAACCAGCAGUAUGCGGAUCAGCUGAACAUGGAGGAAACAGCCACAGAAUAUUUAAUGAGGAACUUCAAUCUUCCAUACCAGGAUGGCAGGAAGUGCCUAGGACGUUUUGGCCUCGAGAGCCACGCCCACACCAUUCAGAUCUCCAAAUUGUCUGGUGGUCAGAAAGCCAGAGUAGUGUUUGCUGAACUGGCCUGUCGUCAGCCUGAUGUACUGAUUUUGGAUGAACCUACCAACAAUCUGGACAUUGAGUCAAUCGAUGCUUUAUCAGAGGCCAUCAAUGAAUACAAAGGAGCUGUGAUCAUUGUGAGUCACGAUGCGCGGCUCAUCACAGAGACCCAGUGCCAGCUCUGGGUGGUGGAGGACUGUAGCAUCAACCAGAUUGACGGAGACUUUGACGACUACAAGCGGGAGGUGCUGGAGGCCUUGGAGAGACCAUGGUCAGCAAAGUCAACCCAUGAGCUGCUGCCAAACACUCCCUGUGGACUGGCUGGUAGAGCAUGUGUAAUAUAGGUUUUUCAGAGGUAUAUUACCUUCCUCUGGACUGCACCAUCUUUAUGGGGUUGAAGUUGGACAGAUACUGGAAUAUAAAUCUACCACCGCUUUAUAAAUAUGGAGGUGAUGAAAUGUCUUGAAUUAUGCUAAAGUAAAACAAAUGAUUAAAUUUUU